GGCGACUCUCAGGCUUCUCUCUGGUUCAAGUUAUUCUAUUUAGCAAACCUGGCCACAUAGGGAACAUUUUUCGUUACCAUUUCUACUCUAGAUUGAUAACUCUUCUUACUCCUUACUCUUCCUUCAUAGUCAAAUCUAACUUCCACGUGCUCCUCACGUUUCCAAAAGUUUGUAUCUUGGAUUUGAUUGAAAAACGUGAAAAAUGGUUUUAGAUCUGGAUCUGUUCCGCAAAGACAAGGGUUUUGAUCCAGAGAAGAUCCGGGAAAACCAGAGAAAACGUUUCAAGGAUGUACAAUUGGUGGAUACUGUCAUCGAGAAGGAUAAACAUUGGCGACAGCUGCGGCAUUGCGCCGAUAACUUUAAUAAGCUGAAGAACCUAUGUAGCAAACAAAUUGGCGAGAAAAUGAAGAAGAAGGAGCCAUUUGGUGAUAACGAUGAUGUGCCUCAAGCGAUAGCUGAUAAUCUGGCUGAUUUGACUUCCGAAAGCCUAAAAACAUUGACAGUGAUGCAGAUCAAGAAAAUACGUAGUCUUAUCGAUGAUGCUAUACAGAAAAACGAUGAGAGCCUGAAGUCAACUGAAUUAGAAAGAAAUAACGCUCUUAGAGAAGUAGGAAAUCAUCUACACGAAUCUGUACCUGUUAGCAAUGACGAGGAAGAGAACAAAGUAGAAAGAACUUGGGGAGAUUGCAUCGAGAGGAAGACAUACUCUCAUGUUGAUCUGAUUCAUAUGAUUGCUGGAAUAGAUGGUGAACGUGGAACAGGCGUGUCCGGUGGACGAGGAUACUUCCUUACUGGACCAGCAGUGUUUCUGCAACAAGCAUUAAUACAAUUAGCCUUGAGAAAAUUAUUUAAAAGGGAUUAUACACCUCUUUAUACUCCAUUUAUCAUGCGAAAAGAUGCAAUGCAAGAAGUAGCACAACUUUCUCAAUUUGAUGAAGAAUUAUACAAAGUAAUUGGUAAAGGUAGUGAACGUAAUGAGGACAAGGAAAUGGAGGAGAAAUAUCUUAUUGCUACCUCUGAACAGCCAAUAGCAGCUUUUCAUAGGGGUGAAUGGAUAGCUGAAAAUGCUUUACCGAUAAAAUAUGCGGGUAUUUCUACUUGUUUCAGACAAGAAGUCGGCUCUCAUGGACGAGAUACUAGAGGUAUUUUUAGAGUACAUCAGUUUGAAAAGGUAGAACAGUUCUGUCUCACCUCACCUUACGAUAAUAAAUCUUGGGAGAUGAUGGAAGAAAUGAUUUCCAAUGCGGAAGAAUUUUAUCAGGCCUUAGAAAUUCCUUAUCGCAUAGUUAAUAUUGUAUCUGGUGCAUUAAAUCAUGCAGCUUCAAAGAAGCUAGAUUUGGAGGCCUGGUUUCCUGGAUCUGGUGCAUUCCGUGAACUUGUGUCAUGUAGUAAUUGCUUGGAUUACCAAGCAAGGAGAUUACUAGUAAGAUAUGGUCAAACUAAGAAAAUGAACACCACGACGGACUAUGUUCAUAUGUUGAACGCGACAAUGUGUGCAGUGACACGCGUUAUUUGUGCAAUUUUAGAAGUACAUCAAACAGAAAGUGGCAUCAAGGUGCCAAAAGUUUUGGCAGAAUACAUGCCCUCUAAAUACGAAAAUGAAAUUCCAUUUAUAAAACCUGCGCCGAUUGGCGAAAUCGAAACGAAAAAACAGAAAAAGCAAAAGGAAAAUAUAUCAAAAUAAAAUAGUACAAUUACGACUAUUAACUAUGAUCACAGUCACAUUCAUGGCUGCUAAAUCACGGAACGUAUUUCAUCACCAUGUGAAAUGAAGGGGGAAGAAGAUAUAUCAAAGCUUUCUCAAGAAUCUUAUAAAUACUGGAAAGUAGUUCGCUAGUUUACGCAAGUACAAAAUAUAAUAUAUUUUUUUUUUAAUUAAUUCUUUGAAAUGGGCUAGUGCGAGAGAUAUUCAAACCCUGUUUAGAUCCUGUUUCAUCUAGAACUAAGAAUGAUGUGUAUGCGUGUCUCAAACACAUUUAUCGUUUCUUUACGAAGAAUGAAACAUAUAUAGAUAAGCGCUUGAAGUUUGUAAAUAAUUGCGGACAGAUAGGUAUAUUUGACAAAAUUUGUUAGAUUCUGCAUAGAACAGAUCUUGUAAACACGUAUCAUACAAAUAUAUAGUAAGAGCGAGACACACAUACACAUACACACACACACACACGCGUAAGCGCACACGCACACUUGAGCAUUCAUAUUUAAAAUAUAUUUUGUGAUAAAAUAUCUUUCUCUUAAAAGAUUCUGCGAAUUUCAUGUUGGAGUAUUUUAUUAAAUUCAGCUGAAUAAAAUAAAAACGAUUUCGCACGUAUUUCACGCGACAUAAAUGACACGUAAUUCUAGAAUAUUUUCACAAUUAUACAAUAUCCUUUGAUUGCUACGCAAUUAUAAAAACCGUUUUAAAAUGGCUUGCAUUAUAAAUCUGAAGAGAAUUCUCACACAUUGACAGAAUAGAGACAUUAAUUACAUGUUAGAAUUUGACGAAAGCACUACAAACAGGAUCAAUCCAGGCUUUAAGUUUCCCUCUUCCUAUUCUACCGUUUGCCACUAGUGCACUUAACAUUUGAUAAAAAAUAAUAAAUCAAGAAACGAAAGAUAAGAGGAUUAUAAUAUAAUUAUAUUAUAUACAAACAAUAAUAUAUCCUAACGCUUUGUAGGAAAGGAUUAACUUUGGAGAAGGGUGGGAGGACCGUCCCGAGCACAAGAGUUCACUACAGAUAAAGGCCCAUAAUCUGCAAUUAUCCUAAACUUAAUCCUGCCUGCGCUUUUUUAUGUAUAAUUAUAUAUAUAUAUAUAUAUAUAUAUAUAUAUAAUUCUACAAAUUACAAUAGCAUAUAUUCUCUCUAUCAUCUCCAUUUUAUACUAAAUAUUUUAUGCUAAAUUUAUAUAUAAAUAAAUAUGUAUAUACUUAUAUAUAAAGUUAGCACAUUAUAUAUAUAUAUAUAUAUAUAUAUUCUAUUUACAAAAUAUGUAGAAUAGACAUGUAUCUCAUAUUCUAACUACAGUAUACGUGCCGUGGCGCGAGACUUAUCGAGACCUGUCAAGGUGCGCUUUUUUUUAUAUCACUAAUUACAUAAUCUAUUUUACAGCCAAAUUCAACAAUCUUUGCUAAAAUUCGACACGAUAAUUCUUUGAGAUUUAACAUAAAAAAAAAAGUGGAAAC